ACCAAAAGCACGGCGGAUGUUUCACCAGCUGAAGGUCUUUGAAUCGUUCUGACUAAGGAACCGACGGCACAAUAAGAGACAGCAAGCUGAGGUGAUCAGGCACAAAGGUGUCAAAUGGUGCUGCUGUUCGAGACAGAGAUUUGGCAAGUGAGUCUCGACCACAAGAUAAGCUUGUGCAGUCUAGUCACCCUAGCCUGAUGGCUAUGAAAGCGACGUCGGUCUUGGCAAAGCGCUGCAUGCCACGAAUUCUCUCAAUUGCUUCGCUUGCUUGCGGUCCGCUCUACUACUACUACUUGCCCCACCGGGCCUACCAGCGUACAUUCUUCAGCGUUAAUCCCCUGAAACAAGCAUAAGGGCUAGUCGACCAGCCUUCUUCGUUCGUAACACAUGCCUAAUCGGUCUUGAUAUAAGAAGCAAGCCUUGUGAAUGCUUAUCGCCAGCAAGCUUCAGCAAGUAGACAUGUCCGCAUUCAUGACGACUCCAUCCGCAGUGCAGAGCGCUUUUGCACCCACGACGAGCCAUAUGGAGCUGUCCAUCUUAAAGACAAAGGGCAUCGAAGAACACAGAAAUGCUCGACAGCGAAGAUGGCUUCCAAGGCGCCAUCGCUGGGCAGCCGUUGCGAACAAGCAACCAGAUCGUUUCUCAGGGACAACGUCGGGCUCGAUCGCGACCCAAAUCUUCUUUUCUCCGCAUCCAGACGACAUUGCCUACAGCUGUUUCGGAUCCGUCGAUCAAGGUCACGGAGUAACGAGGAGUGGCAUUAUAAACAAGAGGAAAGAGGAUCCCAGAGGAGGUACACAUCCUUGGUCCCGAGAGGAGCGGGUAAUCGUCACAGUGUUCAACAAGAGCCGAUGCGCCAACGGCGAAGUCGGCCACCGGCUAGGCCAUGACGUCGAGACGGUGACACCGGCCCGACAAGCCGAAGACGAAGCGUUUGCGGCCUCGAUGGGCUGCAGACUUAUAUCCUUGGGCUUUGGUGACUCAAGCGCACGGGACGAACCUAGUCGUAGGCCCUGCUUGGCCGCAGCCGACGAAAAGGAGAUGCUGGAGAUGACCAAGGCAAAUGCAGCAUACAGACCUGUGGAGGAACAUCUCGAGGCAAUUGUUCGAUGGGCCGUCGAGUGUGGGGCCGAGAUCUAUUUGCCGCUUGGCGUCGGCUGCCACAUUGAUCACUGGAUGACUCGAGUUGCGGUCACGUCGCUGCUCGACAGGAUAAGACAAGAGCGACACGAUGGCUGCACCCUCUCUCCCUCAACACAACCAAUCACCUCGUCACCACUUUUGGCAUCUCAAUCUUUUUCUCCAUCUCAGAAGACCGUCAGUCUCUGUUUCUACGAAGACAUGCCGUACGCUUUUUACGCAAGUGUCGAGCACAUCAAUGGCCUCAUCCGUGCCGUAGUGUCGCCACUAUCUCGCGAAGAGGGGAUCCAAGAGGGAAGCCUCGUCUGCCUGGACGAAAAGAGCUGGAUUCGAAAAAGGGAGGCGAUCCUGAGCUAUGAGACGCAAAUGAAGCCAACGAUUCUAGGUUGCAUGGAAGAGAGGGCUUCCGCUUUGGCCCGAUCAAGCAGCUUGACGACGACAAAAGGGCAUGACUGGGCCGAGAGGAUCUGGAAGCUUGAAUACGACGUUUGACGUCAGGAGGUGAAGGCAUGCUCUCCUUUCUUUCUCUCUGCUUUCCUCUCUCCCUGUCUCCCUUGUCAAGUGCUCUUCCUGGUCGAAGAGCCCCAGGAUGCGUUCAUGCCACCAAUAACAUCACGCUUACUGUUAAUGAUGGGUUAUGCUGUACUGCAGUCGCAUUUUUAUGUGCUUACGAUGGCGCCCGAUUUUGCGCGGGACCUUUGGCAAAAUAAAGUACGAGAUGUACAGUACUGUACAGUACCGUACUUUAGGCG